GUUGAUGAAAAUGGAUGGGAUGCUUUAAUGCUUUCAUCAAAUGAUGGACAUGAAAAAGUAGUAGAGUUGCUUAUCAACAGCGGUGCUGAUUUUAAAAGAGUGGAUACAGAUGGAUGGGAUGCUUUGAAACUUGCUUCAGGGUAUGGACAUGACAAAGUAGUAGAGUUACUUAUCAACUGCGGGGCUGAUGUUAAUCAUGUAACCAAUAUAGGAUCGGAUGCUUUAAUGCUUGCAUCAAGACAUAGACAUGAAAAAGUAGUAGAGUUGCUUAUCAACAACGGUGCUGAUUUUAAAAGAGUGGAUAAAGAUGGACGGGAUGCAUUAAUGCUUGCAUCAAAUGAUGGACAUGACAAAGUAGUAGAGUUGCUUAUCAAUAGCGGUGCUGAUUUUAAAAGAGUGGAUACAUAUGGAUGGGAUGCUUUAAUGCUUGCAUCAAGUGAUGGACAUGACAAAGUAGUAGAGUUACUUAUCAACGGCGGUGCAGAUAUUAAAGGCGUGGGUAAAGAUGGAUGGGAUGCUUUAAUGCUUGCAUCAAUUAAUGGACAUGAAAAAGUUGUAGAGUUAUUUAUCAACGGCGGGGCUGAUAUUAAACGUGUAAAAGAAGAUGGAUGGGAUGCUUUAAUGCUUGCUUCAGAUAAUGGACAUGACAAAGUAGUAGAGUUACUUAUCAACUGCGGGGCUGAUUUUAAAAGAGUGGAUACAUAUGGAUGGGAUGCUUUAAUGCUUGCAUCAAGCAAUGGACAUGAAAAAGUAGUAGAGUUGAUUAUCAACAGCGGUGCUGAUUUUAAAAGAGUGGUUACAGAUGGAUGGGAUGCUUUAAUGCUUGCAUCAAGCAAUGGACAUGAAAAAGUAGUAGAGUUGCUUAUCAACAGCGGUGCUGAUUUUAAAAGAGUGGUUACAGAUGGAUGGGAUGCUUUAAUGCUUGCAUCAAACAAUGGACAUGAAAAAGUAGUAGAGUUGAUUAUCAACAGCGGUGCUGAUCUUAAAAGAGUGGAUACAGAUGGAUGGGAUGCUUUAAUGCUUGCUUCAGGGUAUGGACAUUACAAAAUAGUAGAGCUACUUAUCAACGGCGGUGCAACA